CAGUCGCAGUUAAUGUUUAGGAGACGAUGAGAGACGCCGAAGGCGCCCCGAUUGGAAUACGCCUCGUCCGAGCGUCACCAUGUCGGGUAGCGAAGAGGACGUUUGUAUAUCGUUUGUACGUGAUGGUUUUCACAUUUUUCGUGUAUACAUUUUUUCAUAUGACGAGAAAAGCUAUUAGUGUCGUGAAGACUGAAUGGAACCCGAAUUGCACUAAUAAGUCAACACAUGCUAAUGAUGAUUUGAAUAUUCGCAUAUUUGAUGGAAAAAGAAACGUAACGGGAACUACAAAUUGCUCAGGAUGGCAUCCAUUUGAUGGCCCUGACGGAAACUUUGAUUUGGGUGUGUUAGACGGGUGUUUUCUCUUUGCAUAUGCUUUAACCAUGUUCAUAAGUGGACACUUCGGAGACAGAGUGAACCUCACAUAUCUCCUAACAAUUGGCAUGCUUGGAACAGGCAUAUUCACUGCCGCUCUCGGAAUCCCCUAUUUCAUGAACCUUCACUCUUUUCCGUAUUUCAUUGUAGUACAAUUGAUCGGCGGAGCUUUCCAGUCUAUCGGCUGGCCGACUGUCGUCGCUAUUAUGACCAAGUGGUAUGGAAAGGGAAACCGUGGCUUGUUUUUUGGAAUUUGGAAUUCUCACACGUCGGUUGGUAACAUACUGGGCGCAGUCAUCCCUGGUGUGUUUGUAGACUCAAGAUGGGGAUACUCGUUCGUCGUUCCCGGUCUCAUGAUGGUUACAUUGGGUAUUCUAGUCUUUUUGUUCCUGCCAUCAGAUCCGGCGCAGGUUUCGGUGGCUCCUCCACAGCAUCAUCUUCCAAGGAAAAGACAACCACAACGAACACAGGCAGAGGAGAAAGACGAGAGGCAUCCUCUGUAUCGAGAUGCUUACGGAUCAAGUCCAUUGACGACACAGAGUAGCGAUGAAGACGAUGCUGACAAUAAUAAAUCACAUGGUGCAAUACUUGCACAGAUGCACAAACCUGAGCCAAUAGGAUUUCUAAAAGCCGUUCAGAUCCCGGGUGUCAUUGAAUUCUCUUUCUCGCUUUUCUUUGCCAAGCUGGUUGCCUACACGUUUCUCUAUUGGCUCCCCAAAUACGUCGACCAAUCGUUUCACAACAAGUUGAGCGACGAAGAGGCAGCCGACUUGUCGACGUUCUUCGAUGUGGGAGGAAUCGGCGGUGGCAUAUUGAUAGGAUUCAUGGCAGAUCGUAUUGGAAUGAACGCAGUACCGUGUCUGAUCAUGCAACUGCUGUGCAUUCCGGUGUUGAUUUUCUACAACAAAUAUGGUGGCAUCAACUACUCAGCUGCUAUUGGUCUUUCUUGUCUGUCUGGCUUCAUGGUGAAUGGACCGUAUUGUCUUAUUACAACGGCAGUGUCAGCUGACUUGGCAACACAUAAAGAUCUUAAAGAUAAUCAAGAGGCCAAAGCAACAGUGGCAGCAAUAAUUGAUGGAACUGGAUCAAUAGGUGCGGCACUCGGGCCUUUGAUGACCGGUUGGAUAUCUGGAAGAUGGGGCUGGUCCAAGGUGUUUCUGUUGCUGGUGAUUUGCUGUGGUCUCGCAGCAGUGUUUCUCUUGCGGCUUGUUGUGAAGGAAAUGAAAAUGCUGUGGCAAAGAUUGUGUGGCAGGUGGCCACAGGGAGAGAGAAAACGCGCUCACAGUGGAGACGUCCAUGCAGUGGAGUAUAUCAAACUAAAGCCGAUGGACUCACAGCUUGAAACAGCAGAUCAGAAUGAUUAGAAGAGUUUAGGUUGAAUUUAUUUGUUUUCUACUUUUAGCAGCUACAGAGUUUUAGAGGAGCUCGAGCAAAUAGAUGCUUACGACUGAUUAAUUGUUGUGUUACAUUUUUAGAUUAGUAGAUGCAGCAGUGUAACUAAUAAGUGAAAAUACCAAGAUGCAAUUGUGUCAGAUAAAUAUAGUGGGUCUGACAUUAAAGUGUGUCGGCCUAACGCGCGCUAAAAGGCGUAGUCAUCUCGACAAGCACUUCUCGGUAUGGUAAUCAAACUGCCAAGAAUUAUUUUUAGUGUUAAUACUUAGUAAUGCAGAUCACGAAAUAGGUAUAUAGUACGUAUUCUAGCUAUUACUAAUCAAUUCUAGCAUACGUCCCAGCCUAGCAUGUGGUAUGCAAAAUAAAAUUAAAAAUAAAAUAAAAAUAAAAUUAAAAUUAAAAAUAAAAUAAAAUUAAAAAUAAAAUUAAAUUAAAUUAAAAAUUAAAUUUAAAAAUUAAAAUUAGACUUAGGAUUAAAAAUAAAAUUAAAAAUAAAACUAAAUAAAGUUAAAAAUAAAAUAAAAUAAAAUAAAAUUAAAAAUUAAAUUAAAUUAAAAUUAAAUUAAAAAUUAAAUUAAAAUAUAAAUUUAAAAAAAUUAAAAUUAGAAUUAGAAUUAAAAAUUAAAUUAAAUUAAAAUUAAAAAUAAAAUUAAAAUAAAAUGAAAUUAAAAAUAAAAUUAAAAAUAAAAUAAAAUAAAAUUAAAAAUUAAAAAUUAAAAAAAUUUAGAAUUAGGAUUAAAAAUAAAAUUAAAAAUG